AUGAAGAUUUACGAAAGGAUCAAGGACGAUAUCAGGACAGAUGUGACAUGGAACCGUGUCGGUCGUCUUGGUAAGCAAGGUAUCAGGGCUGCUCCUGCAGCAGGGGCGUUGUACGUCGUCGAGAAAUUCCCGAUCAUCGGGUGGCUUCCUCGAUAUGACUAUCGAUGGCUUCUCAACGACGUCGUGGCUGGCUUGACGCUGGCCAUCAUGCUCAUUCCUCAAGGGCUGGCAUACGCCAAGAUUGCCACCAUCCCCGUGCAAUAUGGCCUCAUGUCCUGCUGGCUUCCGGCCAUCAUCUACAUGUUCAUGGGCACUUCAAAAGAUCUAUCGACUGGACCAACUUCCUUGAUCGGUCUCCUCACCUCAGAUAUUGUCAAGGAUCUCAUCACAGAGGGCUACACAGCGCAGCAAGUAUCAUCUGCAGUUGCUCUGAUGAUGGGCGUGUACGGAAUGGGCCUCGGAUUCCUGAAAUUGGGAUUCCUCCUGGACUUCAUUUCUUAUCCAGUGCUCAACGGGUUCAUUUCUGCUGCUGCAAUCACCAUCGGCCUUGGCCAGGUAGCCAAUCUUCUUGGUGAGGAUAACGUCGGCUCCGGCACCGCACACAUCAUCCAUGAUGUCUUCAGCCAUUUGGCGACUUGCAACCCACGUGCCGUGGGCGUGGGGUUUGGCAGCAUUGUCCUUCUGGUCGGACUUCAGAAGGCGGGAGAAAAAUGGGGAAGCAAGUACAAGAUCGUCUGGCUUUUGUCCAUCACUCGUGCCUUCAUGGCACUCGUGUUGUUUACUGGCAUCAGCUAUGCGGUCAACAAAGGACGGGAUUCGGACGAUUUCCUGUUCGAUGUCAGCAAGGUUAAAGCCAUCAGCAUUUCAUCUCCAAAGCUGCAAAGUUCCACCCUCGUUGGAAAGGUUGCUGGUCGAGCAAUUGCUCCAUUCAUCGCUGCCGCGCUCGAGCAUCUGGCCAUUGCUCGUGCAUUCGGCUUGAGGAACAAUUACGUGAUCGACGCAAGUCAGGAAUUGUGUUACCUGGGCGUGACCAACUUCUUCAACAGCGCUUUCACCGUCAUGGGCGUGGGCGGAGCCAUGUCCAGAACAGCCGUCAACUCUGGAUGCAAGGUCAAGUCACCACUCUCUGGGUUGGUCACAACAGCCUUCAUCAUCUUGUCGAUCUACAAGUUCACAGGAGCGCUUUACUGGGUUCCAAAGGCCACGCUCGCCGCCAUUGUCAUUACCGCCGUCAUUCCCCUGAUCGGCACAUGGAGAACUUACUACCACUUCUGGAAGACGUCUUUGGCCGACUUUAUUGCUUCCAUGGUCGCCUUCUGGGUUUCUCUGUUUGUCAGUACGGAAAUUGGCAUCGCCUCUGCCGUCGGCUUCAACAUUGUGUAUGUGCUCCUUCGUCAAGUUUUCGCCCGGAUCAGAACGAUUGGCUCCGACUCGGAAUCGGAAUUGGCUGCUUCCUUGGAUGCCGCGCGAGGCAUGCCGGCAAGACUUCCGGCGGAUGCCAGAGUUUUCCGCUUCAGCGAGUCGCUCUUCUUCCCCAACGCACUCAGGAACAAGACCAAGGUGCUCGACGUCAUUCAGACAUAUCAUGCCGCCGAGUACAGCAGCGCACAUGGCGAAGAAGCCGACCGCGUGUGGUCCGUCGAGGGCGAGAGGCGCAUUAGGCGUCUCCGCAGGAAGGCCAAGACCAACGGAGAGAACUUGCCACCCAUCAAGGUCGUCAUUCUGGAUUUCACAAAGGUUAAUUUUGUUGAUGUCAGUGCCGUGACGGCCUUGAAGAACUUCUUUGCCGAAUUGAUCAAGUAUGCCGGCGACCAGGUCGACGUUCGUUUUGUGGGUAUGUCCGACAGUGUCCGCGAGAGGUUCGAACGGGCUGGGUGGAGGUUCGAGGAGGGAGGCACGCCGAACGAGCCGUUCAGCACGACCUCGAUAGGCAUGUUCAAUAGUAUCGCCGACGCAGUCAGGGCUCCGAGACGGAGCAUGAGUGAUGAGUUUUUGGAGGUCAAGGUGAAGGCGGACGAGGAGGAGCAGAGUGCCACGAUCACUCACCGGGAGAAACAGUAG